AUGGGCCUUUCUUACCAAGCUCCACCUCCACUAAAUAUUCCUCCCCUUGAACCCGACACGCCUUCUCAGGCAGCCCAUGCAGCUCCACUGACAAACUUUCUCCCCGAAGCGGAGACACAGCAGGACAAAAGACUAAAGAAGAUGGAAGUGACGAUCAAAGCCCUCCAAGCAGGGAGUUCUAGUUUUGAUUACGAUGAUCACAACUGGAAUCUCUUCCCGGGCAUGCCACUGCCCCCUAAGAUCAAAAUCUUGGACUUCGAGAGGUAUGACGGGACCAAGGAUCUACGACAUCAUCUCCGCCACUAUCAGAGCAAAAUGCUUCCAUACUGGGAUUACGAAGAGUUUGUUAUUCAGACUUUUCAAGAUAGUCUUACGGGAUCAGCCUUAGAUUGGUUUAUGACCUUGAAGGCCGGUGACAUCCCCACAUGGACAGAUCUCUCUCAGAAGUUCCUUGAUCAGCAUCGAUUCUGCGCGGAGACACCCUCUACUCUCCUCGAUCUCAGCUUGAUGCAGAUGAAAGAAGAUCAGACCUUCGAGGCAUAUGCAGCCGAGUGGAGGGGAAAGGCAGCGAAACAUAUUCCCCUGAUCACCGAGCGACAGCAAGUCCAGUUGUUACACUCCACGCUCAGAGGUGCAUACUAUUCACACCUUUUGGUUCAUACUUCCUCAUUCUCAGACCUGAUCGAAGUAGGAAAUAAGCUUGACAUGGGUGUUAAGCUGGGGAAGAUUGAUGGCCCAUCAAGGAAGAAGGACGGAGAGACAUCGAAGAAGCAUAUUGGUGGAACCUCCAAGAGAGGCAAGGAUACGACCAUUGGCACCAUUAAUUCUGGGUGCCAGACUUCGCAGCCAAUUUCAGUGCACUACACCCCUGCACCGCAGACUUCUCAGGCAUAUGCACACCCUGUGCAUUAG